CCAUAUAGCCACAGGGAAUAUUUACGACUUACGUUAUUAUUACCAAACUUCAAGCAAGAGUAAGGUUAUGGUUUAGUUCUGAGAUGGUCGUAUUGACUUUGGUUGGUUUGAUUAGAAAAGACUAAACAGAUUUUAGUUUAACUUCAGUGUUAUUUUGUGGAAAUAAUUGAAAAUAUAUAACUAUCCUUUCUUAAUUUAUUGAGAAGACCCAUUCUUCAGUUCAUAAAAAUAUGUUAUUGUUGUCUUUAUGUACAGUGUGUGAAUAUUUAUUUUCUGUUUCGACGCAGUUAUAAAGUUGCAGAAUUCUUAGACGAACUAGAUUUUGUUAAAAAUGUGAUAAAACAGGUUAAGCUUUAUCAAGAAUGAAUCUUCAGACAUUAUUUCAAGAUUUUAACCCAAGCAAAUUCAUUGUACACUCAUCACUUCUGGUGUUUACGGCCUUGUUUGCUCUCCGGCUCGAUGAUUCAAUUGAUUGGAGCUAUUGGACAGUAUUUUCUCCAAUAUGGUUCUGGAAAUUCAUGGUCAUUUGUGGUGCUACUGUUGGUAGCUAUGUUUGGUGGAGAUAUCCCCACUUCAGACUGGAAGGGGAAGCUUACGUGCAUUAUAAAGCCAUGCUCAUCAGCCUUGCUCUUCACCUUAUUCUGCUGAUGUUCGAGCUCCUGGUGUGUGACAAGCUGCAGACUGGUCGACAUCUCUGGAUACUUGUCUUCAUUCCUCUGAUUUUCAUCUCCAUCGUGUCCAUUGCAGUUUGCAUAUGGGCUGUAAAACAUGAUCGGUCCUUUGAGUUGGAGUUGUUUUGUGCUGUGAAUAUGCUACAAUUCAUCUUUCUCUCUCUAAGACUGGAUGGUUUUACUUCCUGGAGCUGGGAGGUUGUUUUUGUACCACUUUGGAUCGUACUCUGUUUAAGCCUCGUUGGGGUGUUGUACACAAUUAUAUUCGCUGGAAUAUUGUUACGAACACCACAAGUGAACGCUAAACAGAGGCGAUCGUGGUUCAAUUCAGCCUUAGCUUACACAUUUCUUGUAGUACCCAUAUUAGUAUUUCAGGUGCUCUUGACCAAUAAAUUGGAUGGAGACAUCAACAUGACCUACACUGGAAUCGUGACUCCUCUCUUUGUGUCCUUCACAACACUCAUUCUGAUGUCAUUUAGUGCCAAGGGUGGAAAUAAAUGGUGGUUCGGGAUACGUAAAGAUUUUUCACAAUUCCUACUGAGCAUAUUCCCUUUCCUACAAGAAUAUGCAAACAUCGCUUACUCCUCAGGACGCACAUCAGAGAAUAGUGACCGAGAGAGCAACGAGAAUAGUCCCAAAGAGAAGGGCCAUAAGAAAAGUGAGCUCAACAAGCCUGUCGUGCCAGUCAUCUCAAUAGAUAUGCCAGAUUGAACAUUGUUUGAUCUAUUUCAAUAGCCGUUGUUUAAAAAUUGUCUGCUUGUACCUACAGUGUUUUUCUACCACCAGCCAAAUAUCUUUACAUUUAUGUGGAGUUAAUGUUGAAUGAUAGCUUUUGAGGGGUAUAAAAAAUUUUGACAUUCAAUUUUAUUUUUAUAGCAUAAUAGUUCUACAUUUUGGAGAUAUGUAACUUUUGUUAUAAUAUGAUAUGGUUGUUAAUAAGUCAUUCACUGAAUGAUGUUUGCUCAAUUAGGCCCAUUUAAAAUUAGCUCACUUUUGUAAUGGCAACUUAUUUAUUGUGAAAUGGGCAAAAAUAUGGUAAGCUUGGCACAUCUUUUUAGAAAAUCCAAUAAUUAGUACAAUAGUUUUUAGAAAAAUAUCCGUACACACAUGUAUUGUUUCUUUCAAUCGUUGCAGAGUACUUAAUUUUACCUUAAUUUUGAAAUUAUGCUUGUAUCCUAUUCACAGCAACACUACAGAAUUGAAUUUUGAUUAUAAACUUGGUCAUGGGUGGUAAGUACAUAUAUAGUUGUCUUCAUAGAAAUAAAGAACUUCAGAAGUUGCCAAAAUAUAAUUACCUGAUUUUAUAUUAGUGUAGUAUGAAAACAUAAUAUAGAAAUUUUACAAUUUAAUAUGUCAAUUUAAUGCUUUUUACAUUAUAAUACCACUUUAGCACAAGUGCUAAAGUUUAAAACGUUAUCUCACCAAAAAUGUUAGAAAGAAAUUAUUUCUUUAAGUCAGCUGACUCCACAUUGUAGCAUAAUUUACUGAUCUGAGUUUAAUUACAUAAUCAGAUGAAAGUGCAAGAAAUUAAUUAAGUAAAGGAGAAUAAAAACACUCAAUGAUAACAAAGGAAAUAAAUAUCAGACCCAUAUAAUUGGUUUUUGAACAAGGGCACAGAUAAUAUAUCCACCUCUGUAUUAAAACAGAUUUAACCCCAGAUUACCAUGACCUAUUGCUAUAUGUUAAUUAAGAAUUGGGUGUGUGAACAAGCUGAACAAGUGUUCCUUACCUAAUAAAGGAAUAAUAUCAGAUUGCACAAUAAGUAUGAAUAGUGUAAUAUAAAUUAUUAGUUAUUUAAAAUUUUACUUUGUUAUAGUAGCUCAAGUAUUUGCAAAAAAAGUAUAAGUUUCAAUAAAGACUUAUAAUAGUAAUUUAACCACAGUCAAAGAAAGCAAGAGUCCAUCUUCAGAUAGUUGAAAAAGUACUGGAUUUAUUACAACAGUUAUAGAACUAUGACUUUUUAAAUCCAAUAAAUAGUGUGACAAAUUGAUAAAAAUGGCAUAUUUUUUAUAAAUUCAGUAGUUUUUUCUGAGUGAUCCUAGUACCAUAAUGCAUUACAAAAGUUUAAACUGCAAUUUUGAGUUACCAUAACAAUAGUAUUAAACAUUUAUAAUGUGAUUGAGGUUGAUUCAUUUUAUACAUAGAUACUGUAAUAAUCUUUCUGUAUCAGGAAAUGUUUUAGCAAGCUUUUGUUAUUUGUAUUAUUUGUUGAUAUAACUACAUGACUUGGUAAAUAAGCAUUAGAAAUUAUGAUAUUUUUAUAUACAUAAUAAGGUUUUGGAAUAUUUGUUAUAAUUUUAAUUUGUUGCGUAUAAAUAAAAUGCAAGAAUACAAUUAAGUUUGUACACUCAUUAAGGUAAAAUUUUGACUGUAAAUAAGCUAAAAGUCCAGUGAUUAAUAACAUUAUCUCAGAAACAUUAAAGUAUAAAGCAUGCUUUGUGCCGUAACAUGCAAAAGUAGUUAUAAUUUAAUCUUUAAUUAAUAAGAAAUUUAUAUUUUUGAAAGCAUGAGUUCAUAUUCAAAGCUUUAACUUCUCAUGUUCUGUCUAUAAGUUUGUCAUGUUUUUGAAUAAAUCACCAGUUUAAAUGGAACAAUAUGGUAUGAUUAACUGUCCAUUUAUCACAAUCUAAAAGGCACUGCAAAACCUGAAUGUUAUCUUUUAUCAGUGUUAAUAAAGUACAUAAUUUAUUUGUAUAUAUUUGUAAAAUAGUUAUUAAGACGAGUUUUGUACUAAGAUAUGAAAUAAUAUUGUACAUAAUAGCCAACAAACAUGAAUAGAAAGUGAUAUGGUCACUGGUCUUGUAAAACCACAUACUCUGCCUUGACUUUUUGAAAGAUUUUCACUUAGUUCCUGUUUAAUUUUACAAUUAUAAACUGAAAUGUAAGUUCUUUUGCUCAAAAAUCAAAUGAUUACCAAACUGUCUAGAAAACUAAAUUUGGUCUUAUGGAUUGGAAUUAUUUAUUUAUUUACAUUUUCUUUUAAUUUGCAUUUCACCAGAGAAUUAAUAGUAUGUAAUUAUUUGAAUGUUGUUGUACCAUACAAAAUAAAAAUAUUGUUGUCACUAUGUGAA